UAGAUUAGGUCAUGUUUCAUGAAAGUCAGGAAAUAGAGUUUUUAUUUAACAUUUUACCAAAAAGUAAUAUUGAAGCAAAUUUGAAUUCAUCAUCUAUAAAUAUUGAAACUGAUGUCACUUCAUUGUCUACAAAUGAAUUUUCAAAUUUGUUGAACGACUUUACUGAUAUUUUAGCAACAGACUUACUUAAAAAAUCUUAUAUAAUAGGUGAUCAAUUGAGUUUAUUCAAAAACCAUAAUGCUGGCACUGAAGCUUCAAAUCGUAAAAUAAAAAAACGUAAAAAUUACAAAUGGUGCAGAAAAAGAAAAAUUAAAAACAGUGUUAAUGAUGAAAAAAAUAUAAAAGGUUUUACAGGUGAAAUUAAUUUUGAUGGUGAAACAAGUAACUUUAUUCAACAACCAUAUCCAGCUUUAAAAGAAUGUUUUGUAUCGCUUGUUGAUAUUAUGACUUCUCAUAAAGUUCUUCAAUAUUAUAAUAUUAAACCUUCACAUAAUAACUCUGAAUCUUAUAUCAAGAAUACAGAAAAGAAAGAUAUAACUAAAUUUGAAGUUAACAAAAGUGUUUGUUAUGAGUUGGAGAAAGUGAUUUCUUGUGAUGAUGCUUCUCAAAUAAAUAAUAAAGAUUUUUUUACAAAAGAAGUUAGUACUAGUAGUUGCACCAGUGAGCUAAAUUACUUACACUGUUCAAACAAUAAAAAUAAAUCAACAUUUAAUAAAAAGAUAGAAAAUAAUUUAUUUUGUAUGCAGUUACUUCGUUCAUCGUGCAUUGGUGUUUUAUCAAAUCUUCAAAAUUCAGAAAAUUUUCUUUUUUCACCUGAAACAGGUUAUAGUCAGCUGUGUUCUAACAGCUUACUUAAUACCGUUACUAAAAACUCAAAACAUUUCAUAACUGACAUAAUAUCUAUAGAUACAGUAGUUAACAACAAUCAAAUAUUUACAAAUGAAAAUGAAAAAAAUAGUUGCUCAGAAAAAAUAACUUUUAAACAAGAAAAUAGAGACAUUAAAAAAGAUAAUUUAGAAUGUUUUUUAACUAAAGAAAAAUAUAAACCAAUGAUUGUUAUGACCUCUGCCAAAAAGAAAAAUAUGUUCAAUGGUAGUUUGUAUACUGAAACCAGCCUACCUAGAUCUUCUCAUGCACUCAAACCAGAUAAUGGCAGAUAUAGUGAUAGUACCCCAGUUAUAGUACCAAGAAAUGGUGGCAAAUGGAUACCAGCUUUUACUUAAAUUUUACUUAGAAAAUUUAAAAUAAUGCAUUAUAGAUUAUGAUUUGAAUCCAAGAGAUAAAGUGUCAAUGUGUCAAUGACUUAUGACAAUGUCAUUCUCAAUUGGUCUUUUUCUUAAUGCUUUAUUAUUAUUAUUUUUUUUUUUGUACCAAUAAUAAUGCAAUAUGACGCUAUUUAUAUCACCCCCUGUUUAAUUUUUGAAAUAAUAGAUAAACUUUCAUAAGUUAUUCAUUGUAUAGCAAUGAAUAGAAAUUAUAAAAUAAAGUGUAUUUAUAGAUUAUAAAAUAAAGUGUAUUUUUGUUUUAGCUUUGCCUUCGUUGCACUCCAGAGGGCAAGCAUAGAAGUUCUACAGUUAAGUAUCCUUGGUAAGGUUUAAAUUCUGUGGGAAAAAAGAUUUCUUUUUUUUUUCUCGCAUAAAAACGCUAGAAAAUAUUUAAGUCGGAUACUACACUACAUGAGAAGUUAUUAAUAAGCUUUAUUAAGUUCAGAUACUGCACGAUGCUACAUGAGAAGUUAUUAAUAAGCCAUUAUAAGUGUCGGAUACUACACGAUACUACAUAAGAGACUAUUAAUAAAUUUUGUUAAGUGUCGGAUACUACAUGAUACUACGCGAUAAAGUAAUUAUUAGGCUUUGUUAAGUGUCGGAUACUACACGAUACUACACGAUAAAGUGGUUAAUAAGCUUUAUCGCGUGUCUAAUGUGUCGAUUACUUAACAAUUUAAUACGAGAAAGUGAUUAUAAGGCUUUGUUAAAUGUCCGUACUGGACGAUUUUACCUAAAAAAGUAAUAUUCUUUAUUAAGUGCCAGAUACUACACUUAAAGGUCAAUGAAUAAUUCGUUUGAGUUUACAUACUACACGAGAAAGUGAUUUUAAGUUUUUUAGAAUCGAAUCUGAUAAGAACAGUACUAAAUUUUGAUCUUUUUUGCUAUUAUUCUAAAGUUAGCGAUAUGUUGAGAGAAAGAUUUUUAUUUCUGCUCGAUACUACAUACGAUAAUUUGAUCAAGAUGAAACGCUUUCGUUAUUCGGAAGUUCUUUAUAUCUUAAUAAAAGAAACUAUAAUA